GGGGAGCGGCGGCGGAGGCGGCGCCGCGGCAGCGCCAUGGCCAAGUGGGGCCAGGGGGACCCGCGCUGGAUCGUGGAGGAGCGGGCGGACGCCACCAACGUGAACAACUGGCACUGGACGGAGCGGGACGCGACCAGCUGGUCCAAGAGGAAGCUGAAGGAGGUGCUGGAGGGGCUGGUGGUGGAGGGCGAGGCCGGGCGCUGCGAGAUCGGCGACCUCAAACACGUGGAGGGCGAAGCGUCCUGCAACAGCCGCAAAGGGAAACUCAUCUUCUUCUACGAGUGGAACCUGCGCCUCAGCUGGAAAGGUACAGUCAAAGAGUCUGGUGAGAAACAUAAGGGAUCUGUUGAAAUUCCUAACCUGUCAGAAGAAAAUGAGGUAGAUGAUACAGAGAUAAAUGUUAGCAAGAAGAAAGGGGAAGGGGAUGUUCUGAAGGAGCUGAUGAGAACUGAAGGAACCACCAAAGUGAGAGAGGCCCUGAGGGACUACCUGAAAGCACUUAAAACAGAGUUCACCUUGGGAAUGAUUCUGCCAACCAAAGCUGCUGUAGGUCAGGAACUGGCCACGGAGCGAAAACCAAGUGGGAGCCCUGUGCAGGACUCUGUUACACCACAGGCUCUGGAUAUGGUUGGAGUAAAAAUUCCAACAGUGAGGAUACAGAUGAGGGAAGUCUUCAACUCUCCAGCUGAUGAACUGUACAGCAUCUUCACAAAGAAGGAAUUGGUACAGAAGUUCUCCAAGUGCCCAGCUGUGAUUGAAGCAGAGAAAGGAGGCAAACUCCAGAUGUUUGAGGGCUGUGUCAGUGGUGAAUACACAGAACUGGUGCCAAGCCAAAGACUGGUCCUGAAGUGGCGGUGUAGGAGCUGGCCUGAGGAACAUUAUGCAACUGUGGCCUUGACCUUCCAAGACCUGGCGGCUCAGUCGGAGCUGGAGCUGGAAUGCAAAGGGGUUCCUGUCUCCCAUGAAGAGAGCACAAGACAAUGUUGGAAGAAGCAGUAUUUUGAAGAAAUACAUCUUUUACUGCAGCAAUCAAAAGACAGCAUGGAAUGAUAACAGCACUGUAGUUUUGUUAGGGCAUUACUUUUUAUACUUUGUUAACAUUUGGUUUUCUAAAAAAAAAAGAAAAAAUAUAAUUUAUUUGUGGGAAGAAUAAAGACCCACCUCUAUGAGACUGUACAUAGUUUAAGCACUAUUUAUGGGUUUUUAGGGAAUGAGAGGCAAGUCAGACUGUGUACAUCAAUAGCUUUACCUGGGGACAGUGAUCUCUGUUCUGCUUGCCUGGAACUUCAGAGUGAUAAUGAUCCAGUUGCAGUGAACCCUGCCCUCAGAGGCAGGUGAGCUACACCAUCAAUAGAAGCAUUUCCAGUUCCUUAACAUUCAGUGUAUCAAGUGGCAGAAUUAAAUCCCUGUAGGAGACGGAGUUCCCAGCAGAGGUGAGCUGCAAGGGAUUACAAAACUGCUGAUCCACUUCAAGAAAUGGGGGUGUCAUUUACAGCCUCUGUGGAAUGAAUACUUGCUAGGUGCUUUUAACUGCAGACUCUUGUCAGCUGCAGUCUUAGGAAGAUAAUUAACAAUGUCAUGUAAUUAUUAGGUCUGCAUGCACUGUACUCCCUUCCUUGACCUCGGUGUGACAUUUAUUUAGCAAGAAACAAACAGUAGUAGUGCUUUCUUCCUGCAGUUCUGUAAAACCUUCCACUGCAAUGAUUCACAGCCCUCUGCAAUGCUGUACCUCAAAGAGAACAACUGUAAAGAGAAUUUUGACAGGAACAGAUUGUAAUUCCUAAUUAAACCAUCUCGAGGUGAGCAAGGAUGACUUAGGUCUCAAAUGCUUUAUAAAUAAAGUGUACAGAUAAAAUAUGCAAUCUGAAACAAUUUGACCACAAUAGGGCAGGCUGCUUUUGGAAAACAUGCUUGGCUCAAUAAAACUAUGAUUUUACAUCAA